AUGGCGACCCGGCGCCCCGGAAAGUCCUACGCAGAGGCCGCCGUCGCGCCCUCGCCAGGCGAGAAGAUCGCAGAGGGCGAUUCUGAUACUUCGCCUGCUGUUCCUAUGCACGUCAUCUGGAAACUCGUGGGCUUUACAGCGGCUAUGAUCACCACGCCCGUGGGGACGUAUUUUGUUUCGGUGUCGUUUGCUUCAAGUACAACGGUAGCCGCAAUUCUCGCGGCUGUUAUGGCUAAUAUUAUCUUGUUCUUGUAUGUUUAUGUUGCGUGGCAGGAGGAUAAGGAGGAGAGGGAGGCAGAGGCUGCGAGGAGGAAAGGGCGAAAGGCGCAGUAA